AUGAGCCAUGAGAGUUGUGGCCAUGCGCGUAGCGUGGAGACAGAUCGCAUGCACGAGUUGAAGGCAUGUGACCGUACGCGCCGCGCCUGUCCAAGCGCUCCGCCGCUGCGUCUCUGGGGGAAAGUUCCGGCUAGCGUAGGCACGUCAAUUGAAAAUUACUGCACUUCGCUUCCUUUAUCGGUCUCUGAUGCAUCUGCGCGCCGUCCCUCCUCUCCCACCACCACCUCCGUGCCUCCAUUCGUCUGCGGCGAUGCCAUGCUCCACCCUAGGGCUGACGCCGUGCGUGCACCAGCGUCAGAGGGGCAACUCGAAGGACGCGGUAUCACUGAUUCCUUUACAUUUCAGCCAGAGUCGUUUGAGUCCGCUUCUCCGGUUGGCGAGGACGACGUACAUGCGGUGACCGACAAGGGCACGAGCACGGAGGAGUUGUCGUGGAACGCGGUGGCCCAUCGACGGUACUCGACAUCCGCAUCUUUUGCUGUGCAGACACCGACAGCGGCGCCGCUUUGCACCGCCACAGUUGCAGUCCCAGCAGGCGUGAGGACACACCACGCGAGUGCGGUAGAGGAAGCGAGGCGUGGUGAUAGCGAGCCAACUCGCACGCAUCUGCAUGGGCCUUGGAUGACUCCGUCCACUUUCCCAUCUCCAGCAGUAGCGGAGCCGCUGCAGCUGGUCGUUCCGCCCCCGCCAACUCCCCUAUCCGCCGCUUUUCACUCUACCGUUCCAUCGUCUUUAGCACUCGCGAUCCCACCGCAGCAUACGCGUGAAGAGGGCGACGCUCAUCUCCGAGGGGAGCCGUUGCCAUCAUCCUCAUCGUCGUCGCCAUCACCGUCACACCCACGGCAAGUGUAUCAGGCUACGCCAGUUCGAGGUCACAGUGAAACUCAGCGAGUUGAAGACGUCCAAGGCACCAACGCUUCUUCGCCGAUUGCGGUAUGUGUAUCUGGCACCCCACCAGUGCCUCUCACAUCAGCGUUUGCUAUCGCCGCGGAACAGAAUGCCCGACGAACAUGUGAGGAUGAGGCACGCGAGGUGACAUCUACAUCCGGCGAAGUUGUGGGAGAAAGGGGCGAUUGCUGCCCUGCUGAUAAAUUCCACACUCCGCUGCCCGCUCGAGUAUUGCAGGACGGCGCCAACAACGGUCACCUCGUCACCUCCGCAGUAGCUGAUGUGAGCGCUGAAUCGUCCACCACACCUGACGGGCGACGUGGACGGCUCGCGGAUACACUGCAGCCGGAGGCCUCAGCGUACUCUUUCUCUCCACCUCCGUCGUCCAUCGUGAGCAGCUCUUGCGGUAUCGUGCGUAUUCUGCAGCUGCAGGACCAGGAAGGCUGGCAGGACAGGUUGCGUGUUGCCCUUCAGCAAGACGCAGAGGUAUGGGUGCGGCAAGUGUGCGAGGAGCAGCGACUCCUGCAAGCGCAGCUGAGCGUCGCGCAGGCCAGAGCAGCGGCGCUGGCGAAAUCCUUGCAGGUACUUUAUGACCGUGGAUGGUCUUCAGCGCCUUCUCUUCGUCCUCCGUCACAGCCCAUGGAUAGUGCAGGCGUGCCGAUCAGCGGAGCUUCGGAAAAGCUCUGCGAGGAGCGCGUCACUGCAGAGCGGCCUUGUAUUGAUGGGAUAAAUUGCAAGGCACGCGUUCCUCAUCUCGCAGAAUACAGCCUGAAAAAGUCUGCAGUGCGAGAGGACAGCAGCGAAGGUGUGUACACGAGCUCUGCUGCUGAUGACGCCACUGCUGCUGCGUUUGGCACCGCCUACACGCAUAAACUGGAGGCGUAUAUUCGUCUCCUCGAGCAGCACACGCACACGCUGCACUUGGACAAGCACCAGCUACAGCUGCGGCUUGAUCGGCAAACCAGUCAGCUCGCAACGCUCCAGCAGUACUACCAGCAGCACUACGCCAGACUAUUGCAGGAGCAGUCAGCUCUAGAGCGCGACUCUCGCAAAGCCACGGAGGAUGUGGAAGAGUUAGUCGGGAUGCUGGUUGUAACUCGCGCUGCCGAACGCGCCGCCAUGCGGAGAGCAGAGGAGUUCGAGUUGGCACUGGAAGAGUCAGAGCUGCGCGCCGAGACGCUCGCAGCCGCUCUGCACCCGCAGGUGAAGGGAAGCCACAUGUGUGACACCGAGGGGAGCAUUGGCACCAUCACUCCCAUCUCCGAGACUAUCGUAGUCGGGCCUCAUAGGUGCGAGAGCCUGCAUUGCACGUCUGGCUACGCGUCAGGCCCACUACCAAGCAGCGCCUUUGCGUCGUUUGUGGAGCAUGACGAUACAGAGAGGAGUAUAAUGGAAAUGGAUGCGCUCACUGCGGCCGAGGCGGCGUCUCGCACCGCUUCGGUGGAGCGUCGCCGUGUCCUUGCAGGGCGUUCCACGAGCGCGUCCUCCUCCAUGUGUCCGCCUUUGCCACCAGGUGCGUCAUCGCUAACUGUGGAGUCACCUGGGUGGACGCCUAUGCAAGCUCUGACGACUUCGAUUGGACCUGAGUGCAGUUGCGAUGUCGAGCACACGUGGGGCCGCACUGCCUCUUCGCUCUCCGCCGUGCAACUCUCUGUGACUCCGUCUGCCAUGCGCAUAGCAGCAGAGGUUGAGAGCAACGACGCAGGGGACGUCUGCUCUCCGGAGGUGUGCGUUGCUGCAAAGUUGGUGUCACGCGAUGAGGGCAUAGUUUCUCAACCGCCAUGUGCCCCCUGGCAAGCCGUGACUGCCCCUCCCACGCUCGCCCCAUUGCCGAAUGCAGAUGCGAUAGCGAUCGUCAGCACGGCGGCCAUGGCCUCGCACGGGUCGGCGUCUUCAAGGAAACUCAGCUGUGAGGUCAACAGUGACGGCGCUUUUGCCUCUACAGCACUCACAGCGGCGCCCGUGCCUGCGGAGCGCGAGGAGGCGCGAAACGCCUCUGUGAGCGUAACGAUGAGUCUGACGAGCUCCAGCACUUCUGUUUUCACUCCGCCCACCCCUACGGCCACAACACUGCUGACACCGCGCAGCCUGGCACGCCGGCGCCGACACGUUCAGCACCAGAUUAAGGCGCUCCGUGACGACACGGAGGAGGGAAACGCCAGCGACGCUGCCGAUGAGUAUCAGCUGCUGCGGCUCCGCUGCACGCUACUCGAGCUGGAGCUACAGGCAAAAGAGGCGGCACACAGAGCGGAAAAGGAGGCGUGGGAGACAGCGGUGCAUCACGCGGAGGGCAUCAGGGGCGCCAUGGGGGAGGUGGAGGCCCGCGUAAGUCAGGCCGCCGCCGUCUCGGAGAGGGCCAAGGAACUCUUGCGUGAAAUGAGUCGACUAUGGAGCAACUCUCUUGCUCUAGACGAGGACGACAUCAUUGACGACGACAGUGAGGGAGCAGCUGGUGCAACGGGACUCCUGGUGAUGGACAAGGGACAGGCCUUUUCCCCGCAUCGUUCUCACAACUGGACACCGCUGCACUGGAGGGAUCUGGAGGAACCAAGCCCAUUCAGACUGGGCAAAUGA